UAUUUCCUGGCUUGGAGGCUGUCACGGUAACGCUAAGGUCAAGGGGACAGAAGCAUGGCUGCGUUAUUUAGAGUGUCGCGGAACUUGCUGCAAAUGUGCAAUAAGCAUGCCGACAUAGCGAUGGCCUCCUCCAGGGCCAUGGCCUCCAAGACGGCAGUGGGCUUCAUCGGGCUGGGAAACAUGGGCAGCCCCAUGGCCAAGAACCUGCUGAAGCAUGGAUACCCGAUCGUCGCCGCAGACACCUCCCCUGAAUGUGGGAAGGAGCUGCAGGACCUGGGGGCGCAGAUCGUAGACUGCCCUGCGGAGGUGGCCGACAAGACGGAUCGGAUUAUCACCAUGCUGCCCUCCAGCCCUAACGUUGUGGACGCCUACACGGGGCCCCACGGCAUCCUUAAGAAGGUGAAGAAGGGCACCCUCCUCAUCGACUCCAGCACCAUCGAUCCAUCCGUUUCCAAGGAGAUGGCAGCUGCCGCAGAGAAGAUGGGAGCAGUGUUUAUGGAUGCACCCGUAUCGGGGGGCGUGGGAGCGGCGAGCUUGGCCAAGCUGACCUUCAUGGUGGGAGGACCAGAGGAGGAGUUUACCGCCGUGAAGGAGCUUCUUGGCUGCAUGGGGGCUAACGUGCUGUAUUGCGGCCCAGUCGGCACUGGCCAGGCAGCCAAAAUUUGUAACAACAUGCUUUUGGCGAUCGGGAUGAUCGGGACCGCGGAGACCAUGAACCUGGGAAUCCGGCUAGGGCUUGACCCCAAGCUGCUGGCCCAGAUCCUCAACAUGAGCUCUGGACGCUGCUGGUCCAGUGAUGCUUACAACCCGGUCCCUGGCGUGAUGGAGGGCGUCCCCUCAGCGAACAACUACCAAGGGGGCUACAGCACCACGCUGAUGACGAAGGACCUGGGCUUGGCCCAAGACACUGCGAUGGACACAAAGACCCCCAUCCCGCUGGGCUCACUGGCUCAUGAGAUGUACCGAGUGAUGUGCACCCGCGGCUACGCCAGCAAGGACUUCUCCUCCGUCUUCCAGUUCCUGCGCGAAAAGGAGGGCCAAUAGUGUGAUGUGGCACCAUGCUUUGCCUGUCACGUUCUCUUCCGAGACCACGCCUGUCCCGACCCCCCCAGUCCUCCACACAAGGAUGAAGAUUAGGGGCUGUGCGCCUGGGGGACUUUGACAGACAUCAAGACAGUAUUAAGAAUGGAGGGAAGUAGAUAUGUAUUUUUUUGAGGUGUCACUUAUCCAUGAGUUCUUGCCCUUGUCAAGAUGCGCGUGGCCUAGUUCCUGGUAAUGGUGAGAUGAGGUUCUUCGGUCUCGGUGUUGGGUAUUAUCUUGGUUAGUUGACUGUUAGUGAUGUGGUGACGACUCUGGUACCCACCACGGACCUGUAGAUGGAGGUUCCGUUGGGUUGAUGUGGCUGUAGUACGGGCCGCAGCCUCCAGUGCUGUUGGCCCAUCUGUCCUCUUGUUUAAUCUCUACUUGCCAGUUUUUAUUUUAUCUUUGUUGUAACUGUUGUAGUGUUUUUCCCUUCCUCCAUCAUGUUCCUGUCCAUGUACACAGACCCCUUAUGUAUCGGUCUGGGUCUUCUUGCCAGUCUGUUGUGUCUGUUAACCUUGUGAUCUUCAUAAUCAGUCUUUUGUACCUACCUACCUACUCAUCUCUUGUUCAGCUGUUUCUUUCGUGUUCCCCUGGUCCCUUGGAAUCUCCUUCUCCUGCUUCCAUCCCAACACGGUUUCGAGUCCCCAGAAUGAUGCUGAGGGUGGUUCCCUCAGCCAUUACAGCCACAAGUUCAGCAAAUGCCCGGCUUUCUGAAUGGGGGCAAAGCCAUGACCUCUCAGAUUGCUUGGGAUUAAAACAUUUCCUUGUUUACACACAAUUCAUAUAAUGUGGAUCAUGAAGACACUUUUCACGUUUCUUCUUCGUUAAGUGCAUCUUUCUGUCUACAUCUUUGUGGCUGUUACGCGUCUUGAUUAUUGCAAAUGGAUUCCAGUGUCAGUUUCUGAGCCCUAACAUUGUCUCUCACGCUCUUUCUCUCUCUGUGAGACUAAUAAUACUGUGAAGUUAAUUAUUUUUUCACUGCCCUAAUGAAACACCUUAAGAAGGGCUUGGCUUUAACAUGCUGCCUGUACCAGUGAUUCUGAUUGGUGGAAUUUGGAAGGUGAACCGGAACAUUGUUGCUUAUCUUCCUCUCAUUGUUUGUCGCAAGUGGUCCCAUGGCCAUGCUGCUCUUUCUAAGGGAUUCUAGAACAGGCUGUUUCCAAUAAACACUGAUCCUUGGCCAGCCCUGGCAUU